AUGCUAGAUGACCUUUGCCGCAACAUUGCAGCCAACAUCAAUAUCUUCAAGGAGAAGAUCAACGAGGUAUCCGUGCGCAUCCAAGACAUGGAGAUUACCCCUGCAGCCCAUGAGACCCGGCUGACAACUCUGGAGAGUGAGCUCUCAAUACUGAAGCGAGACCAAACCCUUGUCCACCACUGCAUGGUGGCAAUGGAAGAACACAGGAGGUGGAAGAAUGUAAAAGUUUGGGCCUUGCAGAAUCAAUCACACUGGCAGAGAUACCUCACCUGUUCCGGAGACUGCUGA